AUGGAGAAAAGAUUCUUUUUCUUGCCUAUUUCAAUUGCUAAAAUUAAAAUAAAUUUUUUGGAGAAUUUAAAUUCGACAAGGAUUUACUCUGUUGGGAAAGCACAAUUAAAUAAUGAAGAGUUAUCCAAUUUUGCUGGUGGAAAUGUGGAUAUUUUGGAUGAAGAAAAUAAUAAAUUGAUGAUAAUUGAGGGGGUUGUAGCUAAAAGAUUUCAGGAGAAAGAAAAUAGAAAUGAAGAAAAAAUUAAUUGUGAAGAAUUUAAUGAAUGGUUGAGGUUGAUAAGGCCAGAAAAGGAUAUUGCAAUUUUGGGUGUUUCGGGAACUUUUUCUGGUUGUGAAUCUGUGGAGGAGUUUUGGGAGGCUAUCAGAGAUAACUACUCCUGCCUUUCAACACUUAAAAACAACAACCCAGCUAUAAUUCCAAUAUCAGGCAUCUGCCCUAAUAUCGAAAAAUUCGACAUCAACCUUUUUGGAAAAGCCGGCCUUUCAAUAACUGAAUGGCGCCGUUUAGACCCACAAAUCAGAUUAUUGGCACAGCACAGCUAUACUGCAUUAGAAAACAGUGGAAAUUUGGAAAGAAAAAGUCAAAUACGUGUUGGAUGUUUUGUUGCCGCAGAGGAAUCAUCUCCAGAGUAUAAACAAGUAGAUGAACGGGAAGGGGCACUUGGAUCACUUUUGGGCAUGUAUAGACGUAACCAACAGACAUUCUGUGCUCAAUGGCUUUCACACCUUCUUGAAUUAACUGGACCUUCAAUAAAUGUCUACUCUGCAUGUUCCUCCUCCUUUUCGGCAAUUGCCCAAGCACAACAAGCACUUGUAACAGGAGAGGCUGAUCUUUGCCUAGUUGGAGCUGUUCACUUAGUUCACCCAGAACAAAUAGGCCAUCAACCAAUGCCUGGUCAACCACUAGCAAAAUCCUCAAAUAGCUGGCCAUUCUGCUCAACCUCUGACGGUUUAAUGAGAGGAAGUGCUUGUGCAGUUAUUGUGUUGGGGAAGCCUAUAGAAGCAAUUUUGAGAGGAGAUCCAGUUCUAGGGAUUAUAAAAUCUGUAGCUAUAAAUAACGAUGCUGGCAGAAAGCCCAAUUUUAUGUCUCCGAGUAUAGAAGGGCAACAAGCAGUUAUCGAACGGGCAUUAGAGCAAAGUGGAGUUCCUAGAAAUGAAAUCCCCUUUUGGGAAUGCCACGCUGCUGGAACAACUAUUGGAGACAAUAUUGAACUUUCCGCUAUCCACAAGGCGUUUUUUGAGGAAAAAACUGAAGGAGAGAAAAUUAAUAAUUUAUUUGUUGGCUCGUGUAAGGCAAAUAUAGGACAUUGUUUUGCUGCUUCUGGCAUUUGUUCAAUUAUCAAACCUUUAAAAAUGUUAGAAACGGGGCUAUUACCUCCGCAACUAUUACCUAAUAAUGAUGUAUUGUUUGCGGAUCUUCUAAAUCCUUUUAAUGGCCAAUUGAUUAUACAUUCUGGAAGUGAAGCAAAGGAAAUUUUACCGUCAAAAAUAAAUGUAAUAAAUUUUUUUUGUGAUUUAUAA